AUCUAUUUAUGUGUACCGCCCUCAACACCCAUCAAACCCACGCCCGACUCCUAAGGUCGUCCAAGCCGCCAUCCUCAGCAUAUGUUCAUGGAACAUCACUGCCUUCAAAACCACCCCGAUUCAUCGGCAGAUGCAUCUCCUUCUUCGGCUCCGAACAAGUUCGACGAAAAGAAGAUGUCGCCGUCGACCAGGAACGUCAAGACCAGAGGCAAAAGAUUGGGGCCGCUCAAGCUCUCGACCGACCCGCAGAGCGUGGCUGCCCGGCGGAGGCGGCACCGCAUCAGCAACCGGUUCAAGAUCCUGCAGAGCCUCAUCCCCGGGGGAUCCAAGAUGGACACCGUGUCGAUGCUUGAGGAGGCCAUCCACUACGUCAAGUUCUUGAAGGCUCAGAUUUUGCUCCACCACGCCGUGUUCGAGGGCCGAGCUGGCUGGCCCGACUCUGUCCCAGCUGGCUCAGCCGUUCCUCCGCCGGCGGCUCAUCAAUGGGCUCAGAUGGCCCAGAGCCAGCCCGACAGCGACUCUUCGAGCUUUGUGGAUGUCGAUCAUCACGCAACGCCGCCACCGCCAUUGAAUUUAGCAGAUCUUCGGUGGUUCCAAGCCGGGGAAGAGACCAUGUCGUGCGAUGAACCGUGGGGGAGGCAAUCUCUGGCUUAAUACAUCGUAGGUCUCCAUUCGCUCAUGUGGCUAAUGUGUUAUAUCGCCAUUUUGUGGGUAGUCUUCUUCUUCUUCUUU